GGUUACACACUAUUUUCAAUGAAACACAGUAUCUUACGGAUCAUUUUAAGCCCUCAACGUUGAGUGUCGUCAACUGGCGGUGUAUUUUUGCGAACUAAAGUCGGAUUUUUGUGGAAAUUUCGUGCGUUUCCAAGAUGAAUCAGGAAGACCUUUAUUGGUUCACCUUCAUCCUCGUGACGCUGGUCGGAUUCUUCACCUACAAACUGCUCACUCGCCAUCUGGCGUACUUCCGUUGGCUGGGCGUGCCGCACGAGAGGCCCCAUUUGCUGUACGGCAACCUGAGCGAUGUGCUCAGCGGUAAGCUGACGACGAUGGAACAGAUUCAGCAGUUUUCCGUAAAGUUUGCCCACUGCGACGUGUUUGGGUUCUACAACUACAUGUCGCCAGCGUUGUACAUCCGCGAUUCAACCGCCAUAAGGCAGGUGCUGAGGAAUGACUCUGCGGGCCACUUUGAAAGUUACGGUUAUUUUCUCGACGGCGAAAAGGACCACUUUCUCGGCAGCCAGCUGCACCUGUUGAAGGGGGCCGGAGCAUCGAAGAAACUGUUGCCAAUUCUGGCACCCGUUCUGAGGUCAGCCACCGUGUGCGACGGAAUGGAAGUGGUGGUAAAGAAUUGUGGUAACGACCUGGUCGAUUUUAUCGUCUCGCGCGGCAACGAGCAGCUCGAACUGAAAAGCAUCCUUCGAAAGCACACAAUGAACGUGCACGCCGGUUGUACGUUUGGCAAACAGCUGAACACAUUCGACGAAUCGACCACCGACAGCUUCCUAACCGUGGCCAAUGGCUUGGCCUACGGAACGAAUCCUGUGCAGACGGUCAAAACGAUGGUCUUCUAUUUAGUGCCCCAGCUUAUGCGUGCUUGCGGAGUACAGCUGAUGGACCGACGGGGCGUUGAUCUUCUUCUGAAACAGUACCAAGCAGCCAUCUCGUCAAACUCUAGCAGCACCAUCGCGCGGCUUUUGACUCAUUCGAACGCUAAGGCCAAGCAGCAGGAUCAGCUCAACGAGGAGCAGCUCACGGCACAGUGCGUCACAUUCUUCACGAAAGGCCUCGAACCGGUGGUCACCCUAUUGUCAUUCGCCCUGUACGAGCUGGCACGGGCUGAUGCUGUGCAGCAGACACUCUUCCGCGAGAUAGAAAGUGCGUCUGCGGACGGGAAAGAGCUGUCGUUCGAAAGCAUCCGGAAGCUUCCGUUUCUGGAAGCGGUUGUGCAAGAGACGCUCCGGAAAUGGCCACCCCAACCGUUGCUUGUGCGCGAAUGUACCAAACCGUACCUCCUGGCGGCACCCAGCGGUGGUGCACGACCUGCGAUUCCGCUGAAGGUAGGCGACAAGCUGUACGUGUCGGUGUGGACGCUCCACCGGAAUGCCGAGUACUUCCCCGAACCGGAACGCUUCAAUCCGGAGCGGUUUCUUGGCCCGAGCCGAGAAAGUAUAAUGUCCGGCGAGAUGUACAUUCCGUUUGGCGUUAGGCGCGGUUGUGUCGGGCAGGAGUUUGUGACAAUGAUGGUGAAGGCAACGCUGGUAACGCUUGUGACCCGCUUCCGACUGUCGCCGGGCGAUCGAACGGUGGAACCGUUGAAAUUGAUAGAAUCUCCCGAAUCGUUGGAACCACGCGACGGAUUGUGGAUCAAUUUUAAUGUUCGACAUCCAUGAUACUGCUGCCCGCCGAACGUUCUUGCGGUACUAAGACAAGUAUUCCUUUUAAUGAAAUGGCCGUAUCAACGAUUAAAUAUCGUUUCGAUUAUACAAAAAUAUAAA